CUGCUACACAAUUCAGCCCCUGGGUGUGUCUGUAUCCUGUUGUUGACUGCUGGGCCAGGCCAGGCCAUUUAAUCAUGUGUCCCUCUUCAUGGUGAGUUCGCUCAUGACGACUGACGCCUUGCCCUCCUUCUCCUGGUACACGUAGAGGACGAUGUUGGGCCCCUGCACCGCCAUCAACAUGAACGACGGAACCACCUCGCUGAACAGACAGGCAGCAGGCAGCACAGAAGGAGGAUAAGAAGACAUCACAGAAGGCUGGCUAUUCCCCAUUCACUCUGCACUGCACUACACUCACUUGCAGAAGGACUGGAAGGCCCCCGUCGCCGACCCGGGAUUGAUAAAGAACUUCCCCUGAUUGAUACAUGACCAACACCGCACUGACUAUGCCCGUGUCCCUCAUCCAGCUCGUCCAUGCCCGCUGGGUGCCUUCGUACCUGCACUUCUGCGACGCUGUCCUUAUGUGUGUGUCCGCUGACGAGCACGUCGCAGUCGAGUUUCCUCUGCCAGUAUGAGAGUGCCUCCCGGUCGCCCCAGGGGAUCACCUGAUGGCCGUGGAUCAGACCCACCUUGAAGUCACCUAUGUGCACCACCUUCGUCUCGGGGAAGUCAAACCCCUGAGGGGAGGGACACACAACCAGCACCACACAUGACCGACACACACAUGCACACACAAGGGGGUGUCUGACUGGCGGACCGUGUCCAUAUCGCCCUUGACGAUGUGCAGGUUGCCCAGUGCCUUGAGCUGCUCCAGCACAGCCUUGGACCCAACGUUUCCCGUGCACAGCACAUGGCGAAUCUUGUCAGUCGGAUACUGAUCAUGACAGACACCAACACACACAGCAAGUAAUGCAGCACACGCCAUCCGAUGACGCCGCUGUUUCUCCGCCGGUUGCUUCACUCACUGACCAGCAGUUCCUGGAAGCAAGACGGCAUCUCAGAUGCCCUCUGAGGGAUGUGAAAGUCGCCUAUCAGCAACACAAGCUGCACACACACCAAACACAGACACACACACACACACACCGCCAGUUUAGCUACUCCACACGAUGUGUGUAUGUGAUGUGCUGCUGCUUACGUCACCGAAGUCGGUGAAGUUGCUCCCCAUGGCGGAGCGCCGCUCUACUUCUUCUUUUGGAGUGUGAUGAGUCGAAUCGGCAAGAUCUGCACCUUCAAACAACACACCGCCUUCCGGCCGUCAGAUCCGUCCUAAAGGGCGUUGUGUUUUCAGCAGC